UUUAAAUUAUAGAAGUUGGCAAGUGCCUGGGAGGAGAGGGAGGUUUUUUAAACUGAGAAAGACAGUUGCAAAACUUUGCACAGCAGCAUGAACUCCAAGCUUCAAAAGCAUUCUCACGAGCAGACGGGCACUUUAUUUUUCAUCAAGUUUUUUUUUUGUGUUGUUUUGAAGCUGCUUUGAAUGAUAAACACAUAUUUCUGCUGUAAACUUUUUUAAUGGUUUCUAAACUCAUGGGACAACCAAAGCAAGAAAGCCUCAUGAUUUGGGGGAAGGUUUGAUGUCAGCAAUGCCUAGAAAAGAGCCAAAGAUGUUUGUUUUGCUCUAUGUUACAAGUUUUGCCAUUUGUGCGAGUGGACAACCUCGGGGUAAUCAGUUCAAAGGAGACAGCUACUCCCCAAGAUAUAUCUGUAGCAUUCCUGGCUUACCUGGACCUCCAGGCCCCCCUGGAGCAAAUGGUUCCCCUGGGCCCCAUGGUCGGAUCGGCUUUCCAGGACGAGAUGGUAGAGACGGCAGGAAAGGAGAGAAAGGUGAAAAGGGGGAUGCAGGUUUGAGAGGUAAGACUGGACCACUGGGCCUUGCUGGAGAGAAAGGGGACCAAGGAGAGACUGGGAAGAAAGGACCCAUGGGACCUGAGGGAGAGAAAGGAGAAGUAGGUCCUGUUGGGCCUCCUGGACCAAAGGGAGACAGAGGAGAGAAAGGGGACCCAGGGCUGCCUGGUGUUUGUAGAUGUGGAAGCAUCGUGCUCAAAUCUGCCUUUUCUGUUGGCAUCACAACCAGCUACCCAGAAGAAAGGUUACCAAUUAUAUUUAACAAGGUCCUCUUCAAUGAGGGAGAGCACUACAACCCUGCAACAGGGAAGUUCAUCUGUGCUUUCCCAGGGAUCUAUUACUUUUCUUAUGAUAUCACAUUGGCAAAUAAGCAUCUGGCAAUUGGGCUGGUACACAAUGGGCAGUACCGGAUAAAGACCUUUGACGCCAACACAGGAAACCAUGAUGUGGCUUCGGGGUCCACAGUCAUCUAUCUGCAGCCAGAAGAUGAAGUCUGGCUGGAGAUCUUCUUCACUGACCAGAAUGGCCUCUUCUCGGACCCAGGUUGGGCAGACAGUUUGUUCUCUGGAUUUCUCCUAUAUGUUGACACAGAUUAUCUAGAUUCCAUAUCAGAAGAUGAUGAGCUCUGAUGAGGACUGCUGGUCUGAAUGUCCCAAGAUCCUUGUGGCAGACACAUUGAUUUAAUCUGGGGCCCUGGAAGAUGGGACAAGCAGAAACCAGAUCCAAAAAGACACCCACUCAGAUUCCACAGAAUUUACGGAUACUUCUAGCAGAAUUUAUUAAAACAGUUUGAACCACCAAACCAUUGAAACCACACCAAAAUGAAUUCUAUAAAACAAUAACCCCAGAUGUUUUCUCAAAAGCGAUGUUCAUAAAUAUUUAAACAAAUUAAAGACAAUGUUACAAAUUUUCUAUUAAAUUCCCUGAGUGCUAAAACCAGCUGGCAAUGAUAUUAUGUCAUUAAAUCUUCAUAAAAUUACAUUUUUGCCUGUUACUUAAGAGAGUCAUGACAUCCCAAAGUCCGUGACAAUUCUCAAAAAGUAAAAACCCAAAGGUAAGAGAAGCCAAGUAAUUUCAAGCAAGCUAAAGAGAAGUGAUUAUUUUACUGUAUUAUUCAUUCCUUCAUGCUUGUAUAUAUUCACUCAACAACUCUGAUACUGGGUCAGAUUUAAUGAUUUAAAACAAUAUCUGUACCUUCAUACAGGCUAAUGUGUGAUGAGCACACUCUCACCAUUCAAUGUGAUGAGCACCAUGGAAAAAUAAAUUGACUGGAUGCUGGAGGCAUCUGUUCCUGAGGGUGGAGGGCAGAGAAGAUUUUACACAUGGAAGGACAUUAUGUGUGCUGAGUAUAUAUUAUUAAGUAAGUAGGUGGGAGGUAUGCAAAUAAAACAAGGAAUUCAGAAGCUGCAUUCUCCCCAUCUCAUCCUCAAACACCAUUGGUAUUUGCAAUCAGGAAUGGGUGAAAAAUCUAGAGAUACCCUGGGAGGGGUAAUGGAAAUGAAGAGAAACAAGUUAUAGAGACCAGUCAGUAGAUCAUUCUCCUAAAUUCUUUAUUGUGAUGGUUUCCCAGGACAUAUAUUUGUCCUCUUAGCUUUCUCACAGAUAAGGGCACUACUUUACAUUAUAGUAAGGCAUUAUUUCUCAUGGAUUUCCCGAGUAUUAAAUUCAAAUAAAGCAAAGCAUAUGACCAUUGAUUUAUGAAUAAGUUGAUGGGAGGAGUGAACAGGAGGAGAAGAGGGUGUGACCAAAUAGCUGUCUCUUCAAAGUUUCACACAUACCUUAGUUCCACUUUCUCUAAGUGUCAACAUCUUGUUCGUCCCUGAACUGCAAUUCCUCAGUUAAUCUCACCCAUAAUAUUCUCACCCACACUCCCUUGACUGAUAGUAAUGGUGUUCUCUUGCUCUCUCCUUUUUGGCAUCAUCUGACCCUCCUUCAAUGUAUUCCUCUUUGCUCUUUCAUUUAAUAAAUAUCAUUUAAUGUCUCCUAUGUGUGAAUCAUCACAUUGGGUUCUGUGAAGGCAGAGCAACAUGAAGAUGAAUAUAGAGCAGCCCCUGCCAUCAACUUUCUAAGGACAUAAGAAAGGAAAUGACAUGGACACACACACACACACAAUACAUAGAAUUCUGGAAAUAAACAUGCUGAAAUAUGCUAAGUGUUAAACUGGAGAUAAAGACAAAAUAUUUUAGAAGGAAUGCUGAGGGAAACAUGUUAACUCCAAAACUGGGAUGUAAGAGAAAACAACUAGGGAAAUCUCUGCCCCCUUGGCCUGAAGUGACAGAUAAGAAGUGGAGUGACCAAAAUGGAGGAAGGGCACUUCGAACAGAGGGAACAAUGAGGACAAAGCAUGAAAGUGAGAGAAGAGACAAAAAGAAGAAUCCACAGGCCAUAUUUCAAAACUUUCAAAUGUCUACCUGAGGAUUAGGGACUUUAUUCAUGAGAAAGUGUGAAACCCCUUUGUGUUCCAGAGCUGGGUGCUACUAUUAUCAAGGGUGAAAUUUACAAUGAUCAAGCAGCUGUACAUAAGGGCAAUACUUCCUUCUCCCAUCUUGCAGAUCUAUCUUGCUUUCAUCAUCUUCCUCUGCCUACCAUGCAUUAUCCACUUGUUUCUCUCCUUCUGAGUCAGGACAUGUAUCUGAGAGACCAAGGACAAUAAAGAUUAGACAAAGAACAGAGAGAAGAGGUGUUUGAGAUAGUCACCUACCUCUAAAUAGCAUCUGAACCUGGAAUUCCAAACUAUAAAGUAUUUUAAAAAACAGCCAACAGGGCUUCCCUGGUGGUGCAGUGGUUGCGAGUCCGCCUGCUGAUGCAGGGGACACGGGUUCGUGCCCCGGUCUGGGAGGAUCCCACAUGCCGCGGAGCGGCUGGGCCCGUGAGCCAUGGCCGCUGAGCCUGCGCGUCCGGAGCCUGUGCUCCGCAACGGGAGAGGCCACAACAGUGAGAGGCCCACGUACCGCAAAAAAAUAAAAAAUAAUAAAAAAUAAAAAAUAAAUAAAUAAAAAAUA